AGGAGAGGGAGGGGAGCUGCUGGGAGCCAGACUCCGUUUGUUUACAGCGGCUCUGCUUGGGGAUUAGCAGUGCUGAAGGCAGAACCCCAUGGGGCCAGAUACCCAUGGCCUGGCCUCCUGCAUCCUCAGGCAGCCCUAGCCCCUUUGGAGUGCUUAGCCCGUUCCCUGAGGACAUGAAGCUGUUGGAGAACUCAAGCUUUGAGGCCAUCAACUCUCAGCUGACUGUGGAGACCGGAGAUGCCCACAUCAUUGGAAGGAUUGAGAGCUACUCAUGUAAGAUGGCAGGAGAUGACAAACACAUGUUCAAGCAGUUCUGCCAGGAGGGUCAGCCUCACGUGCUAGAGGCACUUUCUCCACCCCAGACCUCAGGCCUCAGCCCCAGCAGACUGAGCAAGAGUCAAGGUGGUGAAGACGAGGGCCCCCUCAGUGACAAGUGCAGCCGUAAGACCCUCUUCUACUUGAUUGCCACGCUUAAUGAGUCCUUCAGGCCUGACUAUGACUUCAGCACAGCCCGCAGCCAUGAGUUCAGCCGGGAGCCCAGCCUCAGCUGGGUGGUGAAUGCUGUCAACUGCAGUCUGUUCUCAGCUGUUCGGGAGGACUUCAAGGCCCUGAAGCCACAGCUGUGGAAUGCAGUGGAUGAAGAGAUCUGUCUGGCAGAAUGUGACAUCUAUAGCUAUAACCCAGAUCUAGACUCAGAUCCCUUUGGGGAGGAUGGCAGCCUCUGGUCCUUCAACUACUUCUUCUACAAUAAGCGGCUCAAGCGAAUUGUUUUCUUCAGCUGCCGCUCUAUCAGUGGCUCCACUUACACACCCUCAGAGGCAGGCAACGAGCUGGACAUGGAACUGGGGGAGGAGGUGGAGGAAGAAGGCGGAGGCAGCGAGGGUGGGUCCGAGGACACCAGUACCACAGAGGACAGGGUCCCGGUGAUGUGUAUGUGAUGAGCAGAGGCCCCAGCUUCAUCCAGCUUCAACCAAUGCCUGGACCUGUCCACCUAAGAGGCCCACGGCCUCCCCAGCUACUGGCCAGACCCUGGUGCUGCCACAGUCCCAGUGCUGCCCAAGGCCACACCUGCCUGGCCCUUUGGUUCCAGCCUAUGGAUGUGCACUCACCCCCACAGGCUACCACUGCUGUGCUGUGGCUGGACUAGAUGGACAGCAUGGGGCCUGGUGGGAAGAGCGACUGCCUGCCCAAAUGAGCUGCCACAGGCAGGGACAGCUGGACACAGAGUUUAUUUUUGUAUUUUGUACUGGGUCUGCACACUCCACCCCAAAGGGUCUGUAGCCUGAGGCCCCAAAAACAGGCCCCAGUGGUCACUGGCUCUGAUCUAAGGCCAGCCCCUGGCGCCCACCUGUAUCCCCCCCUGCCGGUUGACCGCGUGCACUGAGUGUCAGUUUGCUGCAGCUCAUUUGUUUCCAAUAAAAGUUUCUGUGAUUUA